UAUUUUUUGCUUUUUUGACAGAUUUUGUUAAUGGGCUAAACUUUUUUUGUUUUAAGCAUCCAGAGAGUUUGGGCCGGCCCGGUAUAUCAUCAACUAAUUGACCUAUCGGACAUGCUAAUUUAAAACGUUAAUAACAAAGAAGGUUUAUUCAACAACUUUUUUGGCCGGUUGCACUUGAAAUUGUGUGACAAAGGAGUGGAAAAGGCGAUCGAAAUCAAGGGCCAUUAAUUCAUUCACAGUGGUAAAGGCACUUGGAUCGAUGCGUCCAUUCCCGGUGCUUAUUAAACUCCAUUCCGAUGCGUCCUUUCUUCUUCUUCUUCUAAUAGUGUUCCUUUCGAUACAGUUCCGGCAAGUGAUUCAUCCUGUUCAGCAAAAACACUGUUGGUAGAGGGAAAUCGAAUCAGGCUUGUUCAGUUGUUCCAAAAGGAUUUAGUGUGAGGGAUUGAUGGAAGAUAAGAUAAGCCAAUUACCAGAUCCUUUGAUAUGUCAGAUUCUUUCUCAUCUUCCCACAAAGGAGAGUGUUAAGACCAGGACAAGCGUUUUAUCCACCAGAUGGACAAGUCUCUGGCUUUGGGUUCCUCGUUUGGAUUUGGUUUCCCGAGAUUUCUCUGAUUUCAAUGCCUUCAAGAGUUUUGGUGACACGUUUUUCGAUUCUGAUAGGGUUUCAUCCAUAAACAAACUGGAGGUAACUAUUUCUGUUUUUGAAAAUGGUGAUGGUGUUGAUGAUACACCUUGUAUCACGUCAUGGAUUGAUAAUGCAGUUAAGCGUAAGGUCCAACAUCUACAUGUUCCUUUACCUCCACUUCAUUUUAAUGAGAUGCCCAUAAGCCUUUAUAUCUGUGAGACACUGGUAUCCUUAAAACUUUAUCUGGUGGCCUUGCCUGAUGCCGAGUUCUUUUCCUUACCUUGUCUGAAGAUCAUGCGUUUAAACUGUAUUAGAUAUCCAUAUGAGGCCACCUUUGAGAGACUUGUCUCAUCCUCCCCUGUCCUUGAAGAGUUAGAGAUUAUACAUGUUAUUUUUGAGGCAACUGUCUUUCGGGUGCUCUCUAAGUCAUUGAAGAGACUCACUAUAAGUCUACAGAUAUAUGUGUGUGAGUCUGGUACAGGAAUUCUGAUUGAUGCCCCUCGACUACAUUUUUUGGGCAUCUAUGAUAACUUAGUAGAAAGCUUUAUAAUAACCAAUAUGGAUCCCAAUGUCAAGUUAGAUCUUGAUCUCAGCCCUGUUUUGUUUGUAAUGGAAGCAUAUAUUUUAUCCACGAGAAAUAGUUUUCUCACACUGCUUUCAAAGAUCAGGUAUAUGUUCAUACAUAUCCACACUUUCAAGGUAUCUAUGUCAAUUCCGGUAUUGGACAUGUACAUUUUCUAUGAUGAUUGUUUCUGAUACAUAUCAUUUUAUUUUCUUGUUCCAGCUCCUCUGUCAAUGCUUGAAACUAGAACCGUUGCCUCAGUUUGGUUACAUGUCCCGCCUACUAGUAGAUCUCUAUUAUUCCCAUUCGAAAUGGUUACCAACCUUUCUUGAAUGCUUCCCAAACUUGAAAUCUCUCAUCUUGUUGAUGAUCUUCUAAACCCAAUAAGUUAUUUCAUCUCUAUGAAGAUUCUAUGUACCUUUUCUCAUUGUAUUUUAAUAUUCCGUUCUAUCCUCAGGUAUGCUAUGAUGGUGACUAUGGGGAAAUGUUCUCAAAAGAGAUGAUGAAUCAGUCCAGUUUUUCACAUGUGCCUCAGUGUUUGCUAUCGUCUCUCGAGUUGGUUGAUUGCAAAGUGCGACGGGGACUUGCUGCAGAUAUGGAGCUAGUUAGGUACUUCCUCGAAAAUUCGGCUAUCCUCAAGAAACUCACUAUACGUUUUGAUUGUAAUGCAAUUCAUAAUCAAGAUGACUUUGUCAAGAAACUCUUCAAAAUCCUAAGAAGGUCUACCGAAUGUAAAGUCGUCUUCCUUUGAUUGUGAGGUCUUCUUAUGAAAAGACAAACUGAAUUUGCGUCCUAGUUUCAUUGUUGAUUUUGCUUCUUGUAUCUUAUUUUUUAUUUGCUACUUGCAUGGUUUCUGAAUUUCAAUGACAUCUCAUUUGGUUCUUCUAUCAGCUCAAAUUUGAAAUCUCUUACUAUGAGCUACUAAAACUUAACUUUUGAUGAAGAAUUUUAAUUGAAAAUGAGAUUAAACUUGAUUUUGUGCUGCUUACCGUUGAGUGAAAACGAAUUUAAUCCCAACCCAAUAUAAAGCCGGAUCGAUUUAUACUAAAUUUUAUGGAUAGAUAGUCACGUGUACUUAUUUAACCAAAAAGACCAGGAUUAGACCAGAUUUAACAAUAUGAAUAAAAUUGGGAUUUCCGGUUUAGUCCAACCGGAGAGUUGGUUGUUUAUUGGUUCUUUCUUUGUGAAGGUUGCCUACGUACCAUUGCCAUUGACAGCAAACUCGUCUCCAAUACUUCUUACGAAAUUAAAAAUGUUUGAAAUUGACAUUGAG